GUCAAAUCCCUGGCCAGUGCGUUAAAGGCUGUCAUACUGCAACCCAGUGCAAAAUCAGGGAUUCACUCAAAGUUUUCCGAAUUGGUGGCCAGCAACACUCACAUUCUUGCUCGAUGGAUGCUGCACGUCCUGCAACCGACUAAUCUACUCAAACCGGAAGUGGAAUUGGUCGUCAACGCCCUCAAGGUGUGGGAAAUUCAAUGGGCAGAAUCCAAACUGGAAGUGGUCGGCAAACUAACCGGCCCGGAAUUUAACGCCAUGUUUCUGGCCACUCGUACAGUCCUGGAUAGCAUCUCCACAGUCCAGUCUCUGAUCAAGGAGACAAAAGCUUUGAGGGAGAUGUCGGAACAGAUCGACGACUACUUUGCCCGUCAACGACUGAUGGCCACAAUUCGAGACAAAUUGGAAAAAAGAAUUUCCAAACUGGAAAUUCGGCUCUUUUUGGUUGACAAUCACGAAGAAUUCCAGGAAUUUGUUAAAAGUCACCAAGCGGCUCAGAAAUUGACUGAAGCAGAAAUCAAAUCCACCAUAAAACACGUCCUAGAUGCUCACACUUCGUUCGAGGGAUUGAAACUGCUGCGGAAAAUCAUCGACAAGUCUCAUUCGCUGGCUGGAACGCAUUCGGGAUCUUUGGACGAAUUUCUGGAACAAAAUCAACGAGAGCAACUGAGUCGAUUGUCGACCGAGAUCCGCCUCAUCCGCAGAGGAUUCGACAUGACGGAUUACUUGAACGAGAAGGAAGCCGAGAAUGUUGACAUGGCCCAGCGACUGUUUGAACGUCGAUUACUCUACCACCGCGUCAAAAUUGCUUUGCUCACCAUUUUCCCUCAUCCAAAUGAUUGGGACGAAACGGCCGCAUCAACCAAAAUCAAAGAGCAGUACAUUGAAUUGGCCAAAUACUUGAAGUCGACAGAGGAUAAAUUGCACAAUAAAUGGUUUACAACUGUGCAGAAACGGGCCAACAAAGCCAUGGCUCAGCCCAUCCUGAAAAAGACAGCCAAAGGAUAUGUGACGACACUUCAAGACACUUUGCAGACCAUUUGGGACGAAACUCGAUUAUUUUUACAGACGAGAUUCCAAGUUCCGCACGUCUGCCACAUUUUACUGAUGCAAAAACCGGAUUUGAUCCAUCACAAUCGAGCCAUCGUGGCCAUCCUGGAACGUUUGACCUCGGUCGUCGAGAAACUUACCCCGUUCGAAUAUGUUGUCCUCACCAGCUGCUACUCUUCAGUGGAGGACGGAUUGAAUUUAGGAACGACUCACGUCACCUGGCCUUCCCUUUGCCUGGACAAUUACAUCCAGGAGCUGAUGGAGAGUGUCGAGAAAUUUCAGGGAAUGGCGGAAGAUGUGGCCCUCAUCUCUUCUGUUUUGGACAAACGAAUCGCCCAGAUUAACGAUUUCCAACUGUUGGUCGAGUCUCAGCACGACCUCAACCCAGUCACCGGUAGUGGCCCACCCUCUGCUGACCAGUUUUUCAAAAAGUUGAGUCAAUCGGGAGACGAAUUCUUCCUCAACGUGAGGCGGAUCGUCUCCGAAUUGCCACCCAUUCUUCUCCAGGUGGAGAGUAUCGUGUGCAAUUCGCAAACAGGAUCGGCUCCUGAAUUGCAAAACUAUUACGACUAUUGGCGAGAGAAGAUUUACGUGGUAAUUUUGAAAGCAGUUCAAACUAGAUUGUUUGAGGCGCUGUCCAAUUUACUUGAGAAGGGACCGGCCCAGUUUGUCAUUCAAUUAUCCCUCCGAGAUGCUAAGGUGGUGGUCGAGCCGGACUUGGAAUCCAUCGAACGCGACAUAUCCAACAUCUCCCAUCACUGGAUCGAACGCAGUUCCUUGGUGUCUGAAUGGCAGGAAGGAUCGUGCAACGCCUUGCCGGUGGACCAACGAUCACUUUACGACCGGCUGAGUCGUGAGCCGUUGCUCAAAGUGACACUCCAGCGGGACCAGGAUCACUGCAAACACCUAGUGGGAAAACUAAGGGGCAUCAUCGACAGGUGGAAGGAUUGCGCGGAAUUGUGGAGUGUCAACAAGAUGGGAGCCUGUGAAAAGUUGAGAGGCACCUCGCCCACAUUGUCCCAAUACGACGAGCAAAUGCAACAUUACCGAAACUACUGGAGCGAAAGGGUUGGUGCAAUGGAGGCCCAGGUGGUCACAUCUUGCGUCACUCUGCAGAUGAAACAAUUGAAAAUGGCGGCGACGGAACACAUCAGGGAAUGGAUCCGCCAAUUGGGGGCCACCUGGUUGGCUGCUACGAAAGAAAAACUGGAAAAAGUCGAAGAGCUGAUUAAAGUUAGACACUUGCAGGUAGACGGCAGCACGGAAAUCGACUGCGAAAUCCUAAUGAUGGAAGUGCAAGAAAGUUGGCACCGAUUGUAUCACUACAACGUCGUCGUGCCCGAGGAGAACAAGGCGAAAUUCAAGGGCGUCCACAAAAUGCGUCGAGUUCACGCUAAAUUGAAAGCAGUUCAAUUCAAUCCCAGCAAGAAAAAAAAGGGAAAAGAUGCAAUGUAA